AUGUCAAAUAACCUAAGCGUACUCACGCGUUCGCACCAAGUCGCCGGAGCGAAACGCCGCCAAAAACGCGAACAGAUCAAGGAGAUUGUAUUCGACGAUGAAGCUCGGCUAGAGUUCUUGACUGGUUUUCACAAGCGAAAGCUGGCGAAGAAAGAGGCGGGGAAGAAGAAGGCGAUUGAGAGGGAGAAGGCGGAGAGGUCCGAGUUGCGACGAGAAAAACGACAAAUGCUGGCUAAACAAGCCGCGGAGAACGCGAAGAAGGUCGAGACGGCGUACGGUGGUGCUGCGCUAGAAAAUGGCUCGGAUGAUGACUUCCACGGCUUUGGAUCCGAACCCGGUCCCUCAUCCCCGCCCGCUGAACGUCAAGACGAGUACUCGGACGAAGAGCAGCUCGCAACAGUUACAGUUGUGGAAGACUUUGACCCCUUGGCCCUCAUACACGGCACUUCUACCGACGCAGACUUAGAAAAUGACAACGAUGACACCCAAUCUCCUCCGCGUACAACUACUUCCACCAAAACGUCGGCCGCAAAACAAAAUGUUUCUGCAACAAAAAAGAAGGUCCGGCCGAAGGAUAUCAAGUACGAGACGAAAGCGGCGCGGAAGACUGCGAGGGCGAAGCAACAUGCGAGGAAGACGGAGAAGGCGGAACGGGCGGGUGGGAAGGGGAGCAGGAGAAAGAUUGGGAGUGGAGGGAAGGGGUCGGGUGGAAAGGGGAAGAGGAGAUGA